ACUAGUAGAUUUAUCAUUAGGAUUUCAAUCUUUCUUGAGACUAAGCUUUAUUUUCUUGCUUUGUUUUGCUUUUGUAUAGUUACUAACCUUUAGUUCUAGUUUUUGUUCAUGCAGUUAUGGCUUCAAGCUACCAUGGGGAGCCACAAGAAGAGGAAGACACAUUUGAAUAUCACAUUCAAGAUGAUUUUGAUGCAAGUAUACUCACACCAGCACAACUUGUGAUGUUAUAUGAGCUUCAGAAGGAGUACCCGGGGUCGGCAAAGACAUCCCUAGCACGAAGGAUCCGGUUGGAGCUUAUUAAGGAUCGAGCAGAGCUUGAAGGAAGGGAGGUUACAAAGUAUGAGUUUAAUGUUGCCUAUGACCUUAAAGAGGUAAUGGAUUGGGCUCCACCACUCCAGCUGGAAGGUUGGGUCUAUCUCUAGAUAAGAGAAGUCUUCAUUUCCACUUCAGCCCAUGUCUACC